AUGGAUUCAUUCACUCAGUUGUGCACAUCUAACCAUAGUUAUGGUUCUAUGACGUCAUCAAGAAUCUUGGACUGCUACGCUGAUCCUGAAAAUACGUGGUUUUUUCUCCUUGGGUUAAUCAUAGUUUGGAUUUUAACUUCAGCGACCAUUUUUGGUAACUGCCUAGUGUUGCUUUCGUUCGCCAUCAAUCGGAAAAUCCGUUCGAAACCUGCAAACGUGUUUAUUUUGACGCUCUCAUUGGCGGAUCUGACGAUUGGUGUUGUAUCACUCCCAUUGGGCAACCUCUAUUUACAGUAUGAUUACUGGGCCUUUGGUGAGAUAUUGUGCAAAUCAUACUUGUUCUUCGACUAUACUGCAAGCGCAGUCUCAGUUGGCUGCAUCAUCCUGCUAAGUCUAGAUCGCUAUUGGAUGGUUAAGAAACAUUUUAGUUACAAGGCGUUUAUGACGCAUCGGAAAGCGUUUGCUUUAUCGCUUAGUCUUGUUUUGUUCUUCGGUAUUUUUUAUGCGCUGAGUAUUUUCUUCUGGGAACUUAUAACAGGGAAAAGUAAUAUUGACUACAAUGUGCUUUGUGAGAUGGAAGGCAUAGAUAAUAUGCCCUUUAUUUACUUGUCAAUCACCAUAGAAUUCAUCCUUCCUUUUGUUUUACUUGUAUAUUUGAACGUUAAUGUGUAUAUUGAGGUAUUUAACUGGUCGUCGGGAAAGAAUCUUCAAAGUGAAAAUAAUUUCAAGAUUGAAAGGAAGAAAUCGAAAGAAAACUGUAAAACAAAGACUCCCCAGAACAAUCACAAUUUGGAUCAGAAGAAUGAAAAGUCUGAUAAUAAGCCAAUAAACCAAUCGUCGUUCCGACGUUUUCAAGGCGCGAGACGAGGAUCACAGACACGGAAAGCGGCCAUUACGCUAGCUGCAAUUGUCACGGUCUUCGUAAUAUGUUGGCUGCCAUAUAAUAUGUUCAUAAUUAUUGAAAAGCCUAUCUCAAAAUCCAGCGACUUUGCCUGGAUAUUUAUUAGCUAUCUACUAUGGAUUAACUCGGGAAUCAAUCCAAUUGUGUACGCCUUUACGAACAAAGAAGUUUCGGAAAACAUUCGCGAGAAUCAUGUUUUUAAUUAGAAAUAUUAUUGCAUUGCCUAAGAAAUGAAUUAUGUUUCUAAAAUAAUACUUCGCUCAUGACUAAAUUACACUAGCUGAAUGUAAACAAUUCUUGAUCAAAAAUAUAAAUCUGGUUGCUUAAUAUGUGUAAACAAUCUUAAAUAAGAUGGACAAAACUUCGUUAUUUAAUGUGAUGUAGUUAGACUUACUUAGCGCUUUAUGAGUGUUAUCAGUCAAUAAGACGAAGUAAAGUUUAAAGUCCAAUUAAAAUGAUGCUUUCUAAGUUGCUCAUUAUUGAAGAAUUACAUAGGUUUAACAAAUGAGUGGUACUAAAAUAUUUAAUUUUUGAUUUAUAAAUAUUAAAAAAUGACGGUUUAAAAUAUUAGUAUAAGCCCCACCCACUGGAGAUGUUCGCUGAAGUGUGAGUAGAGCUUGUCACAUAACCAUAUAAAUAUUAGAGCAUAUUCAUAAGUAGGUCAUAAUACUAUGCGUGAUACAGUAUCUAUUCCAUAUUUGGUAUUAUUAUAUCCCAUGAUGCAUUGCAUGGUGAAUAAAGUUUAUGUUUCCAUCUU